AUGUCAGACCUUCUGCCUAUCAACUUUGUCGGGACCGCUGCGGCCGUCGUGCAGAGCGCAAGCAAUGGAAGUUGUCGGGUCUACUCUCAGAACAAAGACUAUCAGCUCUACGAAAUGGUGUUGAGCGACACAACGAGCACUACCUAUGUCCUCGGGGAUCUCACCGCUACUCCAUUUCCCACUCCCCGUAUCAACACGCCCAUCGCAGCCGUGUCGUGGAACAACUUGGCCGAGAUCCGCGUGUAUUACAUCACUACCGAUAGUCAGGUGCAGGAGAUUUACUAUAGCGGUGGUCAUUGGGGCAAAGGUCAGGUCUUGGGCACCGCAGUUGAGACCAUUGCCUUCUUGUAUACGUCAGUCGUAGUCAGCCCUCGUAUCGUGGUCAGGGUUGGGUUCCAGUCGUCCAUUGAUCCCAAGACUAUCACCGAAGCUGUGUGGGACGCCGGGUGGAACAACCGUAUACUCUAA